GGAGAGAGUAGUCAUCCAAAAAUCGAUCUGAAGCGAGCAGUGGUCUGUGAACUCGAGCUGUGAGAGUGCUGAGACUGUUUGGUUGAUAUCUCGAGUUUUACCAAUCCAAUUAAGGCGUGUGAGAUACCAAAAGAAAGCUCUCAAGACGAGGAAUCCGUGAAGGUCUGGUUUGCAUCAAUCGGAGUAGAGGAAGGCUUCCAAAUCGUCCGAGCAGAACGCGACCUCGCAGGGACGGAUUUACUCUUCUAAGAAUCGAGUUAACCGGAAAACACCCGUUCUAGGGGCUGUUUUCGUAUCAACGAUUAGGAGUUGAAAUAGCAACUUGAGGAAGCUGUUUAACACCCAUUUUCAAGCAAGGAACCAGCUCUCAAUAUUCCUUGGCCGAGGCUUUGGUCAUUGGAUCGAGAAGGAAGGUUUUAAAGCUCAUUUGAGGUUGAGGCUAGAGCUUGCUUCCUGUGCUCGUUGCUCGAGAGAUCAUCUAGGAGGGAAGACUUGCGAUGGAGGGUGACGGUGGUAUUAUGAAUAGGGAGAACUCGGAAGGGUUUGCACUGGGUGGAACCACGCAUGCCAAUCGAGAAAAGCCCUUAGGACCAAAGGUGCACGAAACUCUUGAAGCUCAAAUCGUGAGUGGUGGUCAUGUUAAGACCAAGGAAGAAUCACCUUGUUAUGGCAAAACUGAACCACUCAAGGCUUCGGGUGACGAAGGAGAUGAUUUGAGUGAUGAGGACCUUGAUGGUGCACCCAUUGAACAAAUGGGCAUGGUCAUAGAUUGGCUUCAACGUGAACGUGUGAGGCUUAUACAAAAACGCCAAGCUAGGCAAGCUGAGGGCAUACCAUUAGUAAGGAAAAGGAAGCGGGGAGACAACGAUUCCCAAAGACAUUCAAGGAGGACAAACGUUGAGGGUGACAAAACCUUCAGGGCGCAGACACUAUCACUUGAGUGGAGUCGAGGCUUGGGUGGCCCGAACUCGAGGUCAAAAGGUCCGAGGGUACCUAAGUGCAACAAUUGCAAGAAACACCACUCGGGUAAGUGUCAGGACCCUCCCAGGUGCUAUCAAUGCACAGAGGUCGGGCACACGAGAGUGAGUUGCCCACAAAUUGUGCAAAACCAAACUUCGGGGUCAAGUGGUGGAACUACAAGAAAUGAAAACCAAACCGAGGUUUCUCAAGGGAGCAGGGGACAUGGGGGAGCAAGCACGAGCAACGCGCCAUCCGUGAACCAAGGAAAGACCCAAGCUAGGGUCUAUGCGAUGACGGAGGCGGAUGCUCAAGCUAACCCGGAUUCCGUUGAAGGUAGUACCUCUUGUAUACUUGUUUUUUAUCCUUAAUUAGUCCAUAAAUUGAGGUUACUAGUCGUUGGGAUCAUUGUAUGAAGCUUUGGGGUCAAACGGAGCGAAAUCGGGCGAAAGACGGCUGAUUUCCGCCAACGCACACCAGGCUGGACCAUACGCACGGCCGUGCGUUGUCCGUGCGUUGGUCCGUGCGUUGGUGGCAGUAGCAACCGGGAAGAAAUUGCUAUACGCACGGCCGUGCGUUGUCCGUGCGUUGGUCCGUGCGUUGGUGGCAGUAGCAACCGGGAAGAAAUUGCUAUACGCACGGACGUGCGUUGUCCGUGCGUUGGUCCGUGCGUUGGUGGAAGUAGCUCCGUUUUGAGGUUAUAAGACACGCACGCCGUGCGUACCUCCUAGGCACGCCGUGCGUACCUCCUGGGCAGCCCAAAGUCGACUUUUUCGCGCCGUACUGCAACGUUAAGACCCGUUCUUGAUCCCAAACAUGUGUGUGAACAUAAUAAACCUCUCUAAAUGUAUAAGAAUGGUAGGAAAGGUAUCUCACAUGACUUAUAAAUGUAGGAACACUAAAGAUUAAUGGGAAGGAUGCGCGAAUCCUUAUCGAUACCGGGGCGCAACGUUCAUUUGUGAAUGAAGCGUUCGCCAAGAGGUUGGGAGUGCAAUCCGCACCAUUGAUGCAAACUUUAGUGGUAUCAACACCACUAGGGGAUGACGUGGAAAGAACUUGUUACUAUCCAUCUUGUGGGGUGGAGGUUAAUGGUCAAACCUUGACGUGUGACUUCGUACCGCUGAGCAUGGUUGAAUUCGAUGCAAUCCUAGGGAUGGAUUGGCUAGAAAGGAACCAUGCUAGGGUAGAUUGCUACACGAAGGUUCUUGAACUCGAAGGCAAUGAUGGGGAGACCCUACGCUUCGAGGGCGAUCGAGGGAGAUCAAAUAGCUGUAUCAUAUCCGCCGUGAGAGCGAAAAGUAUGAUGAGAAAGGGAUGCCACGCAUAUCUAGCAUACGUGGUUGACAAAACCAAAGAAGAAAUGAACAUCGAUGAUGUGAGGGUGGUUUGUAAGUAUCCGGAUGUCUUCCCUAAAGACCUGCCGGGGCUUCCACCUGAUAGGGAGAUUGAAUUUGUGAUCGAGGUCGAGCCCGGCACCAAACCAAUCUCCAUACCGCCAUACCGUAUGGCACCCGCUGAACUUAACGAGUUGAAAACCCAAUUGCAAGAGCUUUUGGAUAAUGGUUUCAUUAGCCCAAGCCACUCCCCGUGGGGAGCACCAGUUCUUUUUGUGAAAAAGAAGGAUGGGACACUUCGAAUGUGUAUUGACUAUCGUCAACUGAACAAGGUCACAAUCAAGAAUAGGUAUCCUUUGCCUAGAAUUGAUGACUUGUUUGAUCAACUACGAGGAGCAACCGUGUUUUCGAAGAUUGACUUGAGGUCGGGGUACCAUCAAUUGAAGAUUAAGGAAGACGACAUACCAAAGAGUGCUUUCCGCACAAGGUAUGGGCAUUUUGAGUUCCUUGUUAUGUCGUUUGGGUUAACAAACGCCCCAGCGGCAUUCAUGGACUUGAUGAACCGAGUAUUCCACAAAUACUUGGAUCGAUUCGUGAUUGUGUUCAUAGAUGACAUUUUGAUUUACUCAAAGAAUGAGGAAGAGCAUGAAGAGCACUUGAUACUCGUUCUUGAGACACUACGGGAGAAGCAACUUUAUGCCAAAUUUUCUAAAUGUGAAUUUUGGCUAAAGGAAAUUGGCUUUCUCGGGCAUGUGGUUUCGGGAUCGGGAAUUGCUGUUGAUAAUAAGAAGAUAGAGGCCAUUACUGAAUGGGAGAGACCAAAGAAUGUCAAGGAAAUUUGUAGUUUCCUUGGACUGGCAGGCUACUACAGAAAGUUCGUGGAGAAGUUCUCUGUUUUGGCAUCACCAUUGACGAAGCUCACUCGUAAAGGAGCUAAGUUUGUAUGGGAUGACAAAUGUGAGGAGGGGUUCAUGGAACUAAAGAAGCGAUUGACCGAGGCACCGGUACUUGCAUUACCCAAACAGGGUGUGGGGUACGAUGUCUAUAGCGAUGCGAGCAUCCAAGGGCUUGGAUGCGUACUGAUGCAGAAUGGGAGGGUAAUCGCCUAUGCUUCACGACAGUUGAAGAAACAUGAGGUGAAUUAUCCUACUCAUGACUUGGAGCUGGGGGCUGUGGUGUUUGCACUGAAGAUAUGGAGACAUCAUCUCUACGGGGAGACAUGUCACAUAUACACUGAUCACAAGAGCUUGAAAUACGUGUUUACUCAGAAAGAGCUAAACAUGAGACAGAGACGGUGGAUGGAGUUGAUAAAAGACUACCAUCUAGUGAUAGAGUAUCACCCAGGCAAGGCAAACGUGGUGGCAGAUGCUUUGAGUCGGAAGAGCUCGUCUGGGGCAUUGCUAGCUAAUUUGAGGGCAUUAAGAGCCCAACUGGAGGUAUCCAGCGAUGGUGCCUUAUUGGCACGAUUUGAGGUGAGACCUACUUUACUUGAUGAGAUCAAGAAGGGUCAAGAGACUGACGCAGAACUUAUGAAGGUCUGGGAACGCAUGCAAGCGGGACCGGUGGAGGAUUUCAGGGAAAGAGAUGAUGGUCUCUUGUUAUUUCGUGACCGAGUGUGUGUGCCGUCAGAUGAUGAGCUCCGAAAGUCCAUCUUAGAGGAGGCUCAUUCAUCGGCUUAUGCCAUGCACCCGGGGGGCACGAAAAUGUACCGUGAUUUGAAAGAAAGUUACUGGUGGUCUGGAAUGAAGAGGGAAAUAGCCGAGUACAUCAGCCGAUGCCUUACUUGUCAACAAGUUAAGGCAGAACAUCAGCAUCCAGCAGGCUUGUUACAACCACUUUCCAUUCCUGAGUGGAAGUGGGAACAUGUGACUAUGGAUUUCGUGGUAGGUUUACCACGGACAAUUCGGAACUACGAUGCGGUUUGGGUUGUUGUGGAUAGGCUCACAAAGAGUGCACACUUCUUGCCUAUCAACAUUACUUACCCACUUGAGAGGUUAGCCAAAUUGUAUACGGAUGAGAUCGUGAGGCUACAUGGGAUUCCUAUGACCAUUGUAUCCGAUAGAGACCCACGAUUCCUAUCACGUUUUGGCCAAAAUUCAGGGGUCUAUGAGAAUGAGGUUGAAGUUCAGUACUGCUUUCCAUCCACAGACGGAUGGGCAGUCAGAAAGGGUUAUACAGAUCAUAGAGGAUAUGUUGAGGGCUUGUGCAUUGAUUGGAGUUCCAAGGGAGUUGGGACAACCACUUAGCACUUGUGGAGUUCGCCCAUAACAACAGUUAUCAGGCAAGCAUCGGCAUGCCUCCAUACGAGGCAUUGUAUGGGAGGAGGUGCCGUACACCGUUAUGCUGGGACGAGGUUGGCAUGGCCAAACUCGAGGGUACUGAGUUGGUCGAGAUCACCAAGUCAAAGGUGAAGUUGAUUCGAGAGGGACUCAAAACGGCUCAGGAUAGACAAAGAGUUAUGCAGAUAAGCGCCGAAGAACCUUAGAGUUUAAGGUUGAUGACGAGGUAUUCUUGAAAGUUUCUCCUUGGAAAGGAAUCAUUCGAUUCCAAACCAGAGGGAAGCUUAACCCACGAUACAUAGGUCCAUUCAGAAUUAUAGAAAGGAUUGGGGCCGUUGCAUAUCGUCUACAGUUGACUCCUGAAUUAGAGAAGAUACAUAAUGUGUUUCAUGUAUCAAUGGUCGAAGUACUUUGGAAGGGCGAUCGGGUCGAAGAAGAGACAUGGGAAACAGAGGCUUUGAUGAGGAAGCAGUAUGCUAUCCUAUUCGGUUAGAGCUGUGAAUUUCGGGGACGAAAUUCCUGUUAAGGGGGGGUGAACUUGUGACACCGCACCCGAACGUCCUUGAAAAUUCAAAUUAAAAAUUCAAAGUUUAUGUAUUGAAUUUCUGAUUCCCAAACAAUUGUGAAACGAUUGUUGUUUUACGUAAUUAAUGAUUGAUUAUUAUACUGUUCGAACUCGUAUAUUAGUAUCGGGCCUUAUUAAUAAAUAAAAGAGCCUAGCAUUUUCUAAAUAGUGAUACAUAACGUUUCAAGACAAGUUGAGGAGGGGCGGGCGGCCCAGAUAUUAUUUUGGGCUCAACCCGCUAAAAUAGCAAGUAUUCGAGAAUGGCGUCGUAGGCCCACUCGGGGGCGACCCACACGGCUUGUAGCCCAAUAAUAUGAAUGACAAAUGUCAAGAUAAGUGAUAGGAUGAUUAAAGAAGAGUACAAAUGUCUAUAACCCCAUCUUUGGCAUUAUUGAGCCAAAUAAUGGGAGUAGGAUUUUCCUUCUAUAUUAUCCAUCAAGUAAAUUAUUGAGAUGAGCCUACACAUAUUGGGGAUCAAUAAUGUUGUGUAGGAAGUUGACUUGUUCUAAAUAAAUUAGGAUGAGUACAAAAAGACAUCUUUGACAAAAGAUAAAACAAUAGGACCCAUUCUUCCAUUUUUGGGUGUAUUGAUAGAUAUUUUGGAUCCCAAAUUAAUUGGGAUCAAUGGGGAACCACUCCACAUGAUAUUAGUACCUGCAAGACAAGGAAAAUAUGUGAGAAGACUCACCUUGGCCGCACCACAUGGAGAAGCACUGCCCAUGACACAAUUGGAAUCAAAUUUUGGGGCCACCACCACUGUUUUCGCACAAACAAGUGUGCUGUUUUGUCUCCCUUCAUUUUGAGAGUUGUACUCGUCCAAAUGAGGUGUAUAAGGUGUCCUUGGAUAGCCUUUGAAGUCUAUUUUCAUAAUUGAGUGGUCUCUGUUCGAGAGGAGAGAGUAGUCAUCCAAAAAUCGAUCUGAAGCGAGCAGUGGUCUGUGAACUCGAGCUGUGAGAGUGCUGAGACUGUUUGGUUGAUAUCUCGAGUUUUACCAAUCCAAUUAAGGCGUGUGAGAUACCAAAAGAAAGCUCUCAAGACGAGGAAUCCGUGAAGGUCUGGUUUGCAUCAAUCGGAGUAGAGGAAGGCUUCCAAAUCGUCCGAGCAGAACGCGACCUCGCAGGGACGGAUUUACUCUUCUAAGAAUCGAGUUAGCCGGAAAACACCCGUUCUAGGGGCUGUUUUCGUAUCAACGAUUAGGAGUUGAAAUAGCAACUUGAGGAAGCUGUUUAACACCCAUUUUCAAGCAAGGAACCAGCUCUCAAUAUUCCUUGGCCGAGGCUUUGGUCAUUGGAUCGAGAAGGAAGGUUUUAUAGCUCAUUUGAGGUUGAGGCUAGAGCUUGCUUCCUGUGCUCGUUGCUCGAGAGAUCAUCUAGGAGGGAAGACUUGGUUCGUGCUUCCUCCAUUCGUUUUUUAAACAUUAAUAAACAUGCUCAUGGAUAUUUUACUUUAGAGCCUGCGUGCUCAUGAAUAGCCCUGUGUGGCCCUUUGUUUUAAACAAUGUUUUCCGCUGCGUUAUGAAUUACUUAUUAUGUUUGUUUAUGGAUGUUACGUGUGUGAAUGAUAUUCAAGACGCCUUGUAUAAUAUGAAUGUGUUGGACUGCGGUUGACUAUUUGUAUUGUACGGCGGGUUGUUGACGUGUCCGGGGAGGUCCGGGGCGUGACAACCAUUCACGUCGCACGUAACAUUGAGAUAAUGCGUACUGUGGCAGGUGUUAUUUUGACCGUCAACUGCAAACACAUUACACACAUUACACACAAGGAUUAUAGUGGAUGGAGUCCGCUUGUUGCGGUUAAGAGGCCAUUCGGCAGUCCUGUUUUUCGGCUUAUCAGGUUUAUCAGCCAAUUUUUUCACCAAACACAUAAUUUUUACUUUCGCGCGCUGAGUUGUGUAAUAAGUAGAAAAAGUAAGAUUGAAGUUAUUUUUCUGGCUGUUUUGGCUGAAUUCACUGCAGAUGACCAAUUUAACUAUUUUUACAUAUAAUUUUUUAUUUACUUUAUUAAUAAAAUAUAUUUUUAAAAUAAUUGUUUCUUAAAUCAGCAGAAUCAGCCAAUACAGCCACUUCAGCCAGAACUUCCGAAAUUUCAGCAGAAUCAGCCAAAACAACCGAUUUUCGUGCUACCAAACGGGCUCUAAAUCGGAGCCAAAUUACUAAAAAUAUUUUUACAAAAGUUGAAAAAUUGUUAAAGAAUAGCUUCGAAAGAAGGUACGAAAAAAUUCAUCUCAUAAUAGUCCAAUGAUUAAAUGUAUAAAUGGGGGAAAUCGAGUUUUAAAGUAUCAUGGACAUUAAGAAAUAGUUUGGUAAUACUGAAAUUGGCUGAAUCAGUUCAAAUUUAUGAACUUCUGGAUGAAGUGACUGAUUCUUCUGAUUUAUGUAAAAAAUAUAUUUAAAAUAUAUUUUAUUAAAAAAAUCAAAGUUUUAUAAAAAAAAUAGCUAAAUGGUCUUCUAUACUAAUUUCGGUCAAUUCAGUCAAAAAAGUAACUUCAACUUUAACUAUUUUGAUUAUUACAUAAUCCAGCGCACGAAAUAAAAAAUUAUAUAUUUUCUGAAAAAGUUGAUUGAUUACAAGUCUUGUAAGCCGAGAAGCAGGAACACCAAACGAGCUUUUCAAAAUUCUAUCGAGCUCGGUUUAUAUUUUGACACCAGCCGUUAAUCUUUGGCAAGGAGCGGGUUUAUUUUUUAUGGAUACAAUGGAAAAGAAAUACAGAAGGAAACACUAAGGGCCCGUUUGGUUGGGGUGAUCUCACAUGAUGGCCGCAAUGUGAUGCACGGAAUGUUAGAUACUCUUGUUUGGUUCUUGGAUUUGAAAAGAAAUCGGGAAAGUUACAUUCCCAUGAAUGUAAUUAUGGAAGGGAAUGUUAAACCCAUCCAUGCCUUAGGUUAUCUCUCAUUCCCGGGGUGAUCUAUUUUUCUUCCAAAAAUACCUUCAACUAAU